GUUUUGUUUGUUGAUUUAUUUAUUAUCUGUCUUUUUCGGUGAUUUUGAUGAUUUUUGGGGUUUAAAAAUAUUUAAGAUUGUUAUUGUGAUUAAAUUAUUAAAUAGGCAUAAUAAUUAUAUUAAGCGCUUCAUAAGUCCAAAACAAGAAAGAAGCCCAGUACUGUGGUCAUAAGCGCACUCUAGGCAACUGUCCAGAAAGGUGAGGAUGCAGAUAACUAACACCUGGUGAAUCUAAAAGAUGGAUGUUGUAACAAUAAAAACGGAAGUAUCCAAUAACUUCAAAACCGAAGAAACAGAUAAACAAACAGAUAUUGAACCAAGUAAUUUGAGUGCGGAACAAAGUUUUGAUGGCAUAAAAACUGAAAUAGAUGAUAUGGACGCUGUUACAAUAAAAACUGAAGAAACAUCAGAAGUAGGGACCAGAGAUAAAAUUAAUAUUAAACAAAGUAAUUUGUCCGCUGAACAAAGUGUUGAUAUCGCAAUAACUGGAGAUAUGGUAUCUAAUAAUACAAUAACAGAACUGACAGAUGUACAAACUGAUAUAGAACCAGGUAAUUUGAAUGUGGUACACAGUAUUGCUAAUACAGAAAAUGAAGAUGUUGGAUCUAAAAACACUAUCCCAGAGGUGACAGAUGUACAAAUGGAUAUAGAACCAGGUAAUUUGAAUGUAGAACACAGUAUUGAUAAUACAAAAAAUGAAGAUGUGGCAUCUAAAAACACUAUCACGGAGGUGACAGAUAUAGAACCAGGUAAUUUGAAUGUGGAACACAGUAUUGCUAAUACAAAAAACGAAGAUGUGGUAUCUAAAAACACUAUCACAGAGGUAAAAGAUGUACAAAGUGAUAUGGAACCAAGUAAUUUAAAUGUAGAACACAGUAUUGAAAAUACAAAAAAUGCAGAUGUGGCAUCUAAAAACACUAUCACGGAGGUGACACAUGUACAAACUGAUAUGGAACCAAGUAAUUUGAUUUUGGAACAUAGUAUCGAUGAUGUGGUCACUGCAGAGACUACUACGAAUGAAGUUAUUGACGUGCCUGAUGAUACGGUGGAUAAAGCAGAAAUUUUUGCAGAUUGCCACAGGAUAACUAGGAAGAAAAUAAAAAAGGAGUUUAAAUGCAAUGAGUGUUUCAAACAAUUCUCUUCAGAAGCGAGUUUCGACGAGCACUCGGCCACCCACCAUAAUAAAUAUGUUACAAAAGAAACUUACAAAUGCUCCACUUGCCACAAGCCGUUUGGUUCAAAAACAGGCCUUCUCAAUCAUAUGAGAAUCCAUGUUGACAACAAAACAAGAAUGUUCCGUUGCGCUGUCUGCGAUGAAACAUUUAAAAAUAACAACGAUUUGAAGAAACAUAAAGAGAUCCACGACGGAAAUGUGUAUGCUUGUAAUUUAGCAAAAAAAUGUAGCGGAUUAACCUUCAAUAACUAUAUUGACUAUUGGUACCACGAAUUGGGCCAUACAAACUCGGUCAAACCCAAAUGUGUUGAGUGUGAUACGUAUAUUAAUGCCGGUUACAUGAAAACUCAUAUAUUAACACAUUUCGAUAGUAAGCAGUCAUGUAACAUAUGUGGAAUGGUGUUCAACAGUGCCAACCGUUUGAGUUGCCAUUUAAAAAGGCACAAUAAUAGUGUUGAGUGCGUGGAAUGUGGUAAAGUGUUGAUGGGCGCGUCCAGUUAUGAGCUUCAUAUGAUGACACACACGGGUGUGAGGAAGUAUCAGUGUUUGUAUUGCGGUAAAGGCUUCGUAACCAGUGGUCAAAGGAAGAAUCACACUUUGAUUCAUACGAACGAGAAGCCCUACGAAUGCAAUAUUUGCGGCCAUCGGUCCAGGCAGAAGGGCGACGCCCGACUGCACAUGUCCACUCACACCAACGAUAAAAAAUACGAAUGCGAUUAUUGUAAUAAAAAAUUCUUUUACAAAUACAGCGUACUUUCACACAUCAGGACUCAUACCCAGAGCAGAGUGUUCAAAUGUCCCGAGUGCGACUUCACGACCGCCACGAAAGUGGGUUUGAGGAGCCACGUGACCUAUAAACAUUUGGACGCAAAACCGUUCCAUUGUAGUUUAUGCAAAAUGUCGUUUAAGGUUAGAAAUCAUUUGACAAGACACAACGCUAGUAAGAUGCAUAGGAAUAAUGCGUACGGUUUUCAGAAAUGUAAGGAUGAGUUGGUUGAUUGAAAACAUGUAUAUAUUUAUGUUUAUAUACCUUGCGCGGUAGACGGAGCCAACAGUCUCGAAAAGUUUGAUAGGCCACGUUCAGCUGGUUGGCUUAAUGAUAGAAUUGAGAUUUAAAUAGUCACGGUUUGCUGCGAAGAAAACUCAAUAAAAUAACGACCAUUUUACGAGAACAUGAAACUUUAAAUCGAAAAGCAACAUGUCUCCUGCCAUCUCGCUUAGAUAGUACAAUAGCGGAAAGUUCUUCGCGGGUUCAAAAUGAUAGACUCAACCGCUUACAUAUUUUUCGCGCCAUAAAAAAAAAAGACUACAGGUACAUCGGUGUACGCUAUCAAAGUAAUAUCUGUGCCUUAUUAUAACUGACGUGAAUAAUACAUUAUCAAUAAACUUACUAUUAAACAAGCAAGUGUAAUGAUUUUAUUAUUAUAAAGAUGAAUUUAAAAAUAGAUUAUUUGUUUAAAAAUAUGGCUGUUUAUAUG